CCAAGAAACGUGCACGAGGACGAUGGAGACCGGCGACACUUUGUGAAUCGCUCCCGUGGAUCUCAUCAUCAUCGUCGUCUUCUUCAUCAUCAUCAUCAUCAUCAUCAUCGCCAGGUCCAACAACAACAACAACAGGUUGGUGAGACUCCAGCCUGCAGAGAAGCAGAUGUGUUCCAUGGUCUUCUCUGGCGAGACGUGAGCGCGUAGAAGAAGAAUCCAAACUGUUUUGUCUCUUUUUGCACUUUCUGCCCCCACUUGCCCCCCUUCCAUACGUGCCUACGCACAUUUGUGAUAAUUUCAUGUAAUUAUCAUUUCUCCUCCUGACACAAAAACCUUCUCACACAAAAGUGAUGGAGGUCCCGCCUUAAAUGGCACAUUUGGCGAAGGCGAGCUCGCACCGUAGGCCAGGGCUCACCCCGUCCUUCACUUCCUGUCUUGGCCCCUGGCUGCCAACCACUUCCUGUCUUGGCCCCUGGCUGCCAACCACUUCCUGUCUUGGCCCCUGGCUGCCAGGCCCCUCGCACCUGAAUGCCUCGCGGCGAGCACAGUAUGCCUAACGAGGAGGCGUGUCCACAAGGGCGGCGUGAUUACGAGUGCCUCCUCUGAAUGUUCCCCAGGAGGAACACGCCUUCACCUUCAGUUCCGCCGUCAGCCCAGGAAUGUAGGAGGACCCAGAAGUGCUCCCAAGACUUUUUGCUGCAUGCUUUGAAGGGGCAAGAAUACUGCCACCUGCUGGACAAGAUCUUGGUCAGGAGUUAUUGACAUUAUGAGGCACUUUAGGGCGCCUGAAUCUGUUCUCAGUGGUCUCCUGGUGCGUCACGCUCCUCCCUGACUGGGACCGCAAAAACCUUUCCAAGCCAUAAAACCUUUGGGUGACCAAAUCCUCAAGAACUGCACGGCGUCUUCACCAUGUCAGAAUGACGCUCGCUGCCAAUCUCCGACUCCUCGCCCUCCUCUCUCUCCUCGCCGCCCACAUCCCCGCCGCCGCCCCGGACCCCGCCCCGACCCCGCCCGCCUCUCGCUCCAGGAGCAGGGCCAACCCCCCUGAGAGAGUCCCGGAGGAGGCGCCGCCCCGAGCGGCGGCCCAGGUCAUGUUCCCCAAGAACGUGACCUCGGCCGAGGCGCUGGCGCCCCCGCUGGGCGCAGCCCAGGUGUCCCCACGCCUGAUGGACGUGUGGAUGGACGUGUGCCAGGGCUACUACGACGUGAUGGGACAGUUUGACAGCGCCUUCAACUGCUCCAAGGACACCUACAUCUACUGCUGCGGGACCUGCCACUACCGCUUCUGCUGCCCGGACCGGAACCGGCAGCUGAAGCAGGACAGCUGCAAGAACUACGACUCCCCCGAGUGGGCCAAGACCGAUUCCCCCGCUUUGGUUCUGGAGGAUGAGCCGGGCUCCGACCCGGACGUGGACCCCCUGAGGCAGCAGAGCCACUACACGGGCUUCGUGAUCGGGGGCGUGGUGGUGUUCAUGGUGGCCGUGGCCGUGGGUAUCAAGGUGGUCUUCAACAAGGUGCAACAGGAAGCCCACCAGCGAGACCUCAACAUGCCCAGGGCCCUGGUGGACAUGUUGCGACACCAGUCCAGUCCGGUCCAGCAGGACGAGAGGAACAACAGCCUGGCCUUGGCUGUGGGGGACGGCCAGGGGACGCUGGGCAGAGCUCCUAAGAACCUCUACACCUCGGGACUGCCGAGCAAGGACAACCGACUGGGGAAUGUUCAGCACAACUUCAUCCACUCGUCAGGAUCCAGCCCCAAACACACGGCGACCAUCGAACGCACGCCUCGCAUGAACAACGCUCAGCUGGCGGCGGGGGGCACCCUGCUCUCCAGCAAGCACAACAACACCAAGUCCCAGCCCGCCUUCCACCACUCGCUGCACAACCUCGCUCAGCUGCCGCCAUCCUACGAGAGCGCCACCAAGCCGGAACUCAACAGAUACUCCUCGCUCAAGCGGCUCGAAAAAGGUCUGGACGAGUACUCGUCUGGGUACUGCACCACCAAGCGGCGCCCGCACACCGCCCAGCCGGCACUUCAGUCCUCCCAGCACCACCUCCACUGGGGCGGGGACUACACCCUCGGCGGGAGAGGCACUCUCCCCAGGCAUGCCGCUCGACCCUGGAUCCCGCCGCCGCCCUGUGGCAUGCCGGCUUCGCCCACCCCCAAUCCGUACCCGCUGGACCCCCCGGACCCCCAGUAUAACCCCAAUUACGACACCCUCUCCAAACCUGCGCGGAAGGUGAAGUCCACCGACCAGCUGCUCAACAUGGGGGACGUCCCCGGUAACACGGGAACCUUGUCCCGCAUGUCCAAGAACCAGCAGCACCAGUACUACAAAGCCAUGGCCGCCUCUGGUAAGAACUCCAACACACAGACACUUACCCGCAAGACCCAGGACAGGCAGGACAGGCAGGACAGGCAGGACAGGCAAGACAGGCAAGACAGGCAAGACAGGCAGGACAGGCAAGACAGGCAGGACAGGCAGGAACGGUUGCUCAUGUCCCCAGACCACUUGGAGGAGAGGAUGGGCGGGAUAGGGGUGGUCGACCCGUACGCCCACACAGGAGGGGGCGGCGUCCCCACCUUGCCUCGCCAGCAGAAGGCCCAGUCCCAGCAGAACGUGUGCGCCACGCCCUCUCUGGACCGCCACCACAUGAUCAAGAUGAACUCUCACCCGACCUCCGGCAGGGAGCAGGAGAGGAACCCAGGCAUGAGCGGCCACAUUGCCGGGGGGAUGGGCUGGGCAGGGGAGAUGCCCGGGGCGGCGGGCGUAGUCAUGGGGACGGGAACGCUGGGGGGCCACAGCGCCAGGAGGAUGGCCUUCGCGGCUAAGCGGCAGAACACCAUCGAGCAGCUGCACUUCAUCCCGGGAGGGGGCGGUGGCAGCGGCGGCGGGGGAUCGGGGGCCGGUGGCGGGGGAGGCAGUCAGGGGAUCCGGACGGGGAGCAAAAACGAGGUGACGGUGUGAGCGCACCAAGCCAGAAGAUGGACAGCUGCUAGAAGUAGAGUUCUUGUGACGAGGUUUAGGCUCUUCUAAUUAGUGUAGUGACAGCCACCAAUCACGGAGCACCUUUGUGACCACAUCAGCCAUAUUUUCUACGUGAACACGCCAUUCUUUGCCAUAUGUACGGUACGUACCCACACAUGUACCGUACGUACCCACACAGCAGUGCCGUUACUCGCACCGAGUGGUCGGGAGGAACAAAGCUUGUACACUCGACGCUUUUUGAGAAGGAAAAAGCACUCAGGAGCCAUAUUAGAUAAGAGACAUAUAAAUACACCAACGGACUGACGGAGGGAGGGAGACCACGUGGGUCCUCGUCUCACCGAGCGCAGCCGACUAGUCGCCGGCCAGCCCUCGCCCACACCCAUUAAUUACAGAGACAGAGCUCGUGGGUGAGCAGCAAGACCGGAUCCGUCUGACUGAAGACUUUUUGGACUUUGUGGGAGGUAGAGCCUGUGGACGCCCACCGGGACGCCCACCGGUCUGACGUUGCCUCCUUCGCCCCAUGUGACCUUAGUCCGCCGGUGGGUGGCGGGGGAAGAGGAGGUCUCACCGCCCUAUUUGAAGCGUCUCCCGCACGGGCUACCAAAUAUCCAAUAGCCAUGAUUCUCCUUAACGACUUCUUUGACGUUCUGUUCAAUUCUAAACUCAGCACAAGGUUGCACGUAGACCCCCGACGCGCCCUGCCAAGCCAUUUUCACGGAGAUACAAAGAGGAAGCUGGUCUGACAAUCACCCGGAGAAGAAGGGAGGCCCUUUCCAGAAGGUCCCCCUGGCACCCGCUCUAUCAUAGACGCUACGGGUGUGACUCUUUGGCCACCUAACCGUUACAUCCGAUUCCCAUUCCUGGGGUGACGAUUCGGUUCAGCAAGAUUCUCGAUUCAAACCGAUUUAAAAAUGUUUUACUGUUAUUGGGAAAAACAUAAAAAAUUAAUAUAUUUUUUAAUUGAUUUUUAAAAAUUACGAAUUGGUUUAGAAUCGGGAAAAUAAGAAUAGGCCGUCGAAUGUGAAUCGUUUUUUUUGUGCACUCCGAAUAGGGGAGUUAGUCAUCUCAAGGCACCUAUAACGCUUCGAUCUGAUUCCGAUUCCUGGGUUGACAAUUCGAUUCAGCACGAUUCUCGAUUCAAACCGGUUCUCGAUUCAAACCGAUUCUCGAUUCAAACCGGUUCUCGAUUCAAACCGGUUCUCGAUUCAAACCGAUUCUCGACUCAAACCGGUUCUCGAUUCAAACCAAGUUACGGUUCAAACCGAUUAAAAAAAAAAAAUUACUAUUUGGAAAAACAUAAAAAAUAAAUAUAUAUUUUUUAAUUGAUUUUUGAAAAUUACGAAACGGUUUACAAUCGGGAAAAUAAAAAUCGCCCGUCAGAUGUGAAUCGACUUUUUUGUACACUCCGAAUAGGGGAGUUAAUCAUCUCAAGGCACCUAACGAUUCAAUCUGAUUCCGAUUCCUGGGUUCCGAUUCCAUUAAACACGAUUGUCGAUUCAAACCGAUUCUCCAUUCAAACCGGUUCUCGAUUCAAACCAAUUCUCGAUUCAAACCGGUUCUCGAUUCAAACCGAUUCUCGAUUCAAACCGAUUUUUAAAAAAUGGAUUAUUUGGAAAAACAUAAAAAAAUAAAUAUAUUUUUUAAUUGAUUUUUGAAAAUUACGAAAUGGUUUACAGUCGGGAAAAUAAGAAUCGCCCGUCGGAUGUGAAUCGAUUUUUUUGUACACUCCGAAAAGGGGAGUUAAUCAUCUCAAGGCACCUAACGAUUCGAUCUGAUUUCGAUUCCUGGGUUGACGAUUCGAUUCAACACGAUUCUCCAUUCAAACCGGUUCUCGAUUCAAACCGAUUCUUGAUUCAAACCGGUUCUCGAUUCAAACCGAUUCUCCAUUCAAACCGGUUCUCAAUUCAAACCGAUUCUCGAUUCAAACCGAUUUUAAAAGAAAUUAUUAUUUGGAAAAACAUAAAAAAUAAAUAGAUUUUUUAAUUGAUUUUUGAAAAUUACGAAACGGUUUACAGUCGGGAAAAUAAGAAUCGCCCGUCGGAUGUGAAUCGAUUUUUUUGUACACUCUGAAUAGGGGAGUUAAUCAUCUCAAGGCACCUAACGAUUCGAUCUGAUUCCAAUUCCUGGGUUGACGUUUCGAUUCAACACGUUUCUCCAUUCAAACCGAUUCUCCAUUCAAACCGAUUCUUGAGUCGAACCAAUCGUCAAUUCAAACCGAUUCUCGAUUCUAGCCGAUUUAAAAAAAAAAAGAUUGUUAUUGGGAAAAAAAUAAAAAUGUAUAUACUUUUUUAUUGAUUUUUGAUCAUUCCGAAUCGGUUCAGAAUCGGGAAAAUAAGAAUUGCCCGUCGGAUGAGAAUUUAUUUUUUGUACACUCCGAAUAGGGGAGUUAAUAAUCUCUAGGCACCUAACGAUUCGAUUCGAUUCCAAUUCCUGAUGUGAGGAUUUGAUUCAUCAUGAUUCUUGAUUCAAACCGAUUCUCCAUUCAAAACGAUUCUCCAUUCAAACCGAUUCUUGCAAUGUAAUUUGGUAUAAUUAUGAUAGAACUAUUCAAAACAAUAAUAAUUAAAUUUUUUCUUGUAAUUUUAAAACAUCGAUUUAAUUUUUUUUUUAUUAUAAAUGAUUCAAAAAUAUUUUUAAAGAAAAUUUAAAAUUAUUACAAAUAAUAUAUAUAUAUAUAUUUUUGUAUAUAAUUUUUUCAAUCGAUUUUUGAAAAUUACGAAUCGGUUUUGAAUCGGGAAGAGAAUCGAUUUUUUUCCCCCGAAAACUUUUCAAAACACAGGUUACGGCUUACAAAAGCUCCUUCUGGCUGCUUGGAAAUGGCCAAAAUACGUAUUUUUAAAAACUGAUUUGUUUUUGUCUUGUAAUUUUCAAAAAUCGAUUUA